UUUUUCCGGUCCCGGCAACCUCAAACGUUAACACCAAAUCAUUCUUUCUUUUGGCGAGUCACCAUCACUUGCUGGUGGCUGCAAUAUCUCUCUCUCUCUCUCUCUCUCUCCAAGCUUUUCCAGUAAUCUAGCUCCAACGCAAUAGAUAAGGAGAGAGAAACUUUUGAGACUCACGCUUCUAUUAAUUAAUCAAUGCGUUUUCUUCUUGUUCUUAUGCUUUUGCUUCCUAGCUAUUCUAUUCAACAUCUUCCAUUUUUCUUUUUUCCAAAGUAUUUCACUUUCUCACCUUCACUUUUUCAAGAGAUUCUAGAGAUUGAUGUAUUUCAAUUCCCGAGGAAUGAAACGUCAUUAAUAAAUUGAUCUUUCUAAUUUCAUUAAUUUCUCGUGUUUCUUAUUGUUGAUUGAAAGGGAAAUUAAAAAGAGAUUUAUUUCAUCAGAUCCACACUACACAGGAAUUGGAGUCUUUAUCUUCUAAGAAGAUCAAGGUUGAAUUUGAAUUAUCUACAGGGGAUAUGAACAAUUUCUCACACGUUCCUCCUGGAUUUCGUUUCCAUCCCACUGAUGAAGAACUUGUUGAUCACUACCUUAGGAAAAAGAUAGCUUCUAAAAGGAUUGAUCUAGAUAUUAUAAAAGAUGUUGAUCUCUAUAAAAUUGAACCAUGGGAUCUACAAGAAUUAUGCAAAAUAGGAAGUGAUGAACAAAGUGAAUGGUAUUUCUUCAGUCAUAAAGAUAAGAAGUAUCCAACUAGCAGUCGUACAAAUAGAGCUACAAAAGCAGGAUUCUGGAAAGCAACAGGAAGAGACAAGGCAAUUUACUUAAAGCAUUGUCUGAUUGGAAUGAGAAAAACUCUAGUUUUCUACAAAGGAAGAGCCCCUAAUGGCCAAAAAUCUGAUUGGAUCAUGCAUGAGUAUCGCUUAGAAACUAAUCAAAAUGGAACUACUCAGGAAGAAGGAUGGGCUGUGUGUAAAGUGUUCAAGAAACGAAUAGUUACAACAAUGAGGAAAAUGGAAGAUUCCCCCUGUUGGUAUGAUGAUCAGGUAUCAUUGAUACAAGAGCUUGAAUCCCCAAACAGAGUUUCUCACCCUUAUUAUGCAUCAUACCAACAGAACUACCCUUGCAAACAGGAGUUGGAUCAAUUACAAUACAUUAAUAUACUCAAUGAUGCUAAUUUCCUCCAACUUCCACAACUAGAAAGCCCGAAAGUUCCUUUCCAGUGCUCAUCAUCACAUAAUUCACUCAUACAAGAACAACACAUACAAGCACAACAACAACAUUGCCAGCAACAAAAUAUGCAACUCUUUUCUGGUCGCAAUGAUGUUCAAGAUUGGCGACUAUUAGACAAAUUUGUAGCUUCUCAACUAAGUCGCGAUAUUCAAGAUGCUUCCAAGGAAACUAGUAGUUAUUGCAAUGUGGAUGAACAAAUUGCUAAUUUGCUAGAAAAUGAUGAAUCCAAAAAAUCGGAAACUGGUCAGGAAUAUGCGACUUCAACCUCCAACUCCAGUUGCCAGAUUGACAUGUGGAAGUGAAAGAUCUAUAACUGUGAAUUAAGAUGCAUAAUAUUUUAUACGGAGUAGUAUAGUUUAAGUACUCCUGGAAAAAUUAAUUCAGAAAUUAAACCCUAAA